CCACCAUCCAGUCCACAGAAUAACCACCCUCUCAAAACCCCUUCCCCCCAGAAAAACACACCCCCAACCCAACCCCUCACAAACCUCCUCCCACAAUGACCACCCCCAAACCCAUGACGCACCUCCCCAACGCCCAAAAAACCUUCCAACCACCCGUCCUCCCCACCCAAGCCAACGCCUUCCUCGGCGACGUCGCCUCCAGCCAACACCUCGACGCCGACAAGCCCAUCAGCUGCGGCUUCUACCGGCUCGAAAAGGGCGCCCCGCUCGUCUACACCUACACCUACCACGAGUGCAAGAUCAUCCUCGAGGGCAGCUUCGAGAUUGCGGAUGAGACGGGCCAGAGCGUGAGUGCGCGGCCGGGGGAUGUGUUCUUCUUUCCGAAGGGUGCCACGAUCACGUUUCGGACGGAGGAGUAUGGGUUGGCGUUUUAUACGGGGCAGAGGGCGGAGGGGGCGGCGUAGAGGAGUGCUUGGGGUUUGGGAUAGGGGGAGGCAAGACUAUGGAGUUUGAGGGGUGGUAGGAGGAGAAGGAGCUGUGAAGGCUUUCUGGGUGUAUUGUGUGUGUUUGAUGUAAACAAGCAUCCAUCCACAUCGGGUAUGCAAUCCAUCUAUCCAUAUGCAGGACACAAAAUACGCACCACGCUCUGACGAGUACCCACACCAGCGCG